CCUUUAUUAGUUUAUUAUCAAAUUCAGGGCAUUUAGAAGGCGACGCUGCUACUGCGUUCAGUUCAUUCUCCACCACCUCGCUCUGUUUUGCUCUCCCACUCCCAGAGAUGCUCUCCGGCGGCGGCUCAGAUCUCCCCGCUUCACGCCUCCAAAUCAAGAUCCAUGACGACGAUCUCUGCUCCAGGCUCCUCUCCAAGCACGACUCGGCCGGAAACCCUUCCUUCCGAGUUCUUUACUACGGCGUCGCCUCCGGGGCCGUCCCCUUCCUAUGGGAGUCCCAGCCCGGAACCCCCAAGCACACCAGCUCCGCCGCCGCCCUCCCUCCCCUCACUCCUCCCCCUUCCUACUUCAACCGCACCGGGAGCAAGCUCGUCGAUGAGAAGCCGUCCAAGUCCAGAUUCAUCCACGCCGUACUCCCCAAGCUCAGCUUCCGUAAGGCCCACAUUUCUCCUUCCUCCUCCCUAUCCUCCUCCGCAUCUUCCUCCUCGCAUUCCUCCGCCGGACGCUCUAGCAAUCCUAUGACGCCGUCCUAUUUCUCUCACCCGGACUCCGACGACGAGUACGGCGUGCCGCCCUCCUCGAACCUGUGCUUCUCCAUCGGCGGGCGCCGCCCCGACGUCCCGGUGAAGAAUGCCUUGCUCGCGAUGGUCAGACGUGGAUCUACUCGCGGCGGUGUCCACUAGAGUUGGCGAUCGGAGAUCAACAGCUUGUGAUCUCCGCUAAGCGCUUACAAGAUUUGGGGGAAAAGGCAUCUCUUGGCUCUCAUCUGCCAAAGAAGAGAAAUUGUGAGUGUAAUAGUAACGAUGGCGUGUUUGUGAAAGUAUUUAAGAAUAAAAUCAGAUUUUGUUGGUCUGCGUUUCAUA